ACAACAGAAAGAGUAGAAUGAAAGUUAAAAAAAAAACAGAGUGGACUAGACUUAAGACUAGAUCCAUCUUUGGCCGAACUAGUUAAUCAGGUGUUAACUCCUCUUUGUUUAAUGUUAGUAUAUUUUCAACUCUCAUUCUCCUCUGUCUUCACGAACAACAGAUGCAUUAAAACCAGAAGAAACUGCUGAUCUAAAAAAAAUCUGAAAGAAAAGGAUCCCAUUUUAAGUCAAAAAUCUCCUCUUUCUCUCCGUAGAGAAAGAGAAGAUAGACCCAGUUGAAAAUUCUGUUUCACCAUGCAAUUGAAACCCCUUAACACUUACACAAUCACAAUAAUGCUGUUCUUAACAAUCAUUAUCCUUUUUUUCUCAGGAUUUCUUGAAUUUCCAUCCAUAACAACCUCAAUUACCUCACCUGUUAAAGACCCAAACUUUCCUGUCAAAACAACACCAGAUCCUUUCACUGAUCUGUUUGUUGCUUUCAAGAAAUGGGAUUCUCAAGUGGGUUGUGUUCAGUUUAGAGAGAAACACAAGAAUUUGGGGUCUUUUGGGUCGAAGGGGACAAAUGGGUCUGCUUCUUUGCAAGUUGUUGAUGGUGAUGUGGGGUGUGGUGAGUUGAAGAUGGAGCAUGUUAAUGUUUUGGUUAAAGGGUGGACUUGGAUUCCUGGCAAUCUGGAUAAUUUAUAUUCUUGUCGUUGUGGGUUGAGUUGUUUGUGGACGAAGUCUUCUGUUCUUGCUGACAAGCCUGAUGCCUUGUUGUUUGAAACAACUACUCCUCCACUUCAGAGGCGCAAUGGGGAUCCCCUUCGUGUUUACAUGGAUCUCGAGGCCGGCAGGAAACGCUCUGGUCAUGAGGAUUUAUUUAUCAGCUAUCAUGCAGAUGAUGAUGUUCAGUCAACAUAUGCUGGUGCACUCUUUCAUAAUGGUCGAAAUUAUCACGUGUCUCGUCGCAAGGACAAUGAUACACUUGUUUAUUGGUCUUCAUCACGCUGUCUUGCUGAUAGAAACCAGCUGGCUAAGAGCCUUCUCAGCUUGCUGCCUCACCAUUCCUUUGGCAAGUGCUUGAACAAUGUUGGUGGGCUAGACAUGGCCCUUUCUUUCUACCCUGAGUGUGCCAAUGAUGCCAGUCUCAAACCAAAAUGGUGGGAUCAUCUGCAUUGUGCCAUGUCUCAUUAUAAGUUUGUUCUUGCCAUUGAAAACACCUGGACAGAGAGUUACGUGACCGAAAAGCUAUUUUAUGCCUUAGACUCUGGUUCAGUUCCAAUAUACUUUGGCGCACCCAAUGUUUUGGACUUUGUUCCUCCACAUUCAAUAAUAGAUGGGAAUAAAUUUAAUUCCAUGGAGGAAUUGGCUUCUUAUCACAAGAACCUAGCUAAUGACCCUGUAGCCUAUGCUGAAUACCAUGCAUGGAGAAGAUGUGGUGUAGUGGGUAAUUAUGGAAAGACUCGGGCAGCAAGCCUUGACACGCUGCCUUGCCGAUUAUGUGAGGCUGUUAGCCGGAAAGGAGGGAGAAAUGCUAGAGCUUAGUGGAAUUCUGUUAAUUCUGAUCUCGUUUGGAUUGCUUUUGCCAACUGUCAUGUUGAAUCCAUGAUUUUGUUACUCCCAUUGGAUGGAUUGGUAUUAGUUGUACACAAGCAAGAAUGACCUUUGUAGAAAGCAGGAAUACACGAUAGGGUAUAUAUAUUCAAUGGGUGAGUCCAUUAUUAUUUUCCUCGAUGAAAUUGUCUGGUUUUAGUGGUAUGAUUUGUGUGUAUUAUGAUUGAUGGAUCUCAUAGAUUACAUAGAACCAGACUUUUCAUCUGUAGUUUUCGGCUUACCCCACACAUAAUCUUGACCUAAACACCAGCUCAUUUAGAGAAGCCUGUCCAAUUAUUUUCUUUUCUCCGAGUUGCCCUGUCGCAAAACAUAUUUGGCAUUGUUUUUAUCAACAGAAGUACUUGUUUAUUUGGUAACA